AUGGCCGAAGUGCAAGAUCUCGAACAAAUUGAAAAAAACCACUGUAACUGGCGUAGCGCUUACGGUCCAGCGAUGUGCUUUGUGUAAGUCAGCGCCGCGUCCUACUUGAGAUAUCGCUAUCAGCCCCUAACCCUAUCCCCCCCAAAAAAUAAAUUAUUAUAUAUUUGAUAAUAUUAAUAAUUUAACCGUUUUUAUUGUUUAGAAUCGACCUAUGGACCAACAAAUCUCUUCUGACGGUGGCGCCGGUGGGAGUCACAUGACUGUCGUUCAAACGAUUCCACCCUCCAACAAUCAAGUACAAGUCGUUCAAGCUGGGCAAAUGAUACAAAGCCCCAAUGGUCAGCAAAUCGUUGUACACUCCGGUCAACCCAUACAUUUGGGAUCGCAAGGUAAUCAACAAUUGCAGCUUCUUCAAUUACCUGUGCAGGUACUUAUACAAAAUAAUAUUUUAUCGUAAUGUUAUUUAACUCUUUGUAUACUUAUGAUUAUGUACUUUGAUAUUACUGGUUUUCUUAUUUUUAGCAACAGACACAAGUAGCACCCGCACAGUUGAUUCAAACACCCGAUGGACAAACAUUUAUUUAUCAUCCUGUACAAGUUGACAAUACUCAGGCAAUUAACCAACAACAGUCACAACCUACUUGUAUGUUAAACUGAACUUAUUUUUCAUUGAUAAUAGUUCAUUUGCUAAUAAUUUAAUUCAUAUUUUUAGUGAUUAGCAUAAAUGGAAAUAUAAUGCAGGUGUCGAGCCCACCACCUGCUAACUCUCCAUCUGUCACUCAAGCAGCUACUACGGUCACACAGGGAGUUCCUCAGAGUCAACAAAACAUUGUAAUGGUAGGAUAAUAACAAUAUUUAUUAAAAUUAAUUGUUCUACCUAGUUCCUACCUAACAAUGACCUGGUUUGUUUGAAUUAUUGUAUAUUGUACCAAAGUUUUCUUUUAUUAUAUUAUUUUAACUUUGGGAUUCAGCCCAUAUUUUUAAUAAAAUAAAUAAAUGCAUAUUAAUUGACUAUUAAUUAAUCCAAUUAUUUUUAUUUUUAAAGAUGGUGCCAAAUGGUACUGCUAAUACUAAUAGCCAGUUUCAACGGUUACCUACAACAACCGAAUUUCUCGAAGAAGAACCAUUAUAUGUAAAUGCUAAACAAUAUAAAAGAAUACUGAAAAGGAGACAAGCCAGAGCAAAACUAGAAGCAGAAGGAAAGAUACCAAAAACACGACAAGUACAUAAUAUAUAUAUAUUUUUAUGUUUAUAUAUGAAUGUGUUUAAUCUAAUAUGUAUUGUUUAUUUUAGAAAUACCUUUAUGAAUCACGCCACAAACAUGCUAUGAAUCGAAUACGAGGAGAAGGUGGACGUUUUCAUUCAGGAUCGUUAAAAAGAAUGAGUAUGUCAAACAAUAAAAAUAUGCAAAAUGAUGACUGUAACAUUCGUAUGGACAAUCAUAGUUAUCAUGUGACUAUUAAACGCCAAAUUGAUGACGAACAAAAUUUACAACCACAUAAUGGUUUAGUUUAUAGCAUAAGUGGCUAG